CCGCAACUACAGGGAAGUAGGUUGGAAAAUCAGAGCCAUGGAUUGAAGCUGCAGCCGAUACUUGAGUCAGGCAGCGAUCGAUGUGGGAGUGGGAGUCGACACUUUAUGCUUCGUGUUCAAUGCGGAAGCGCUGCUGCGGUCUUGUGCGUUGAUGGGGCGACUGAUCCCGCAGCGAUCGAUGCGGGAGUGGGAGUCAACACUUUAAGCUUCGUGUUCAAUGUGCAAGCGCUGCUGCGGUCUUGUGCGUUGAUGGGGCGACUGAUGACCAAUACUUCUACCGCAGCUCCUGUCAGCAGCGGCGCUUCUUUCAUGCAGCUUGAGCAAGGGCCUCUUUUUUCGGAAAGCGAGCACCAGCAGAAACUUACUCUGGAAAUGAACGAGGAGGGGAGGAAAACAAUGAUUGCUCCCACAUCUGUCUGGUCACAUUCAUGGAUGGCAAGUAUUUUCAUCCUCUUCCUCGUCGCUGGAAGGUUGAUGGAUGCGAAUCGCAAGCCAGAUAGCAGGGAGCGAUCAACUUUGGAAAGACCCGAAGAGCAGAAGCUGAAUGCAGAGUACGGUGUGCUGAGCAUUACUGACCAAAUCCUUCUCACGGAUCUUGGGGAUGUGCUUGCGUCUAGAACAGAUAGGUCUGCUGACACUGAGUAUCUCAUCACAGCCGUUGAUCUCUCGCCGGAUGUGAAAACUGUCUACUACGCAGAAAAUGCUGCAAUAAAGACCAACACAUCAGAUUCCACUAACAAGACAGUUACUGUAGCAGUGUGGAAGGCAGAAUGGGUGGAGGGGCUUCAAUCGUACAAUGUUUCCCAUUUGGCUGGGGGCUGGCCAGUACUUAAUGAAGACCCUACUAAGCCUACAAAAGACUCAGGUGUGGCAGGCCUUUUGAUGCUUGAUGGUGGUUAUCUACUGGUUUCACAAAAGCACAACGAUCGGAUCGAGAAGUUGGAAGUCACAACGGGGAAGAGCAUAGACAAGUGGACCCUGGAGGCGCCCUUAGGCCUGGCAAAGCACCCAGCCCAGGAUGCCUUCUUUGCAUCCUCCGGUGAUCGCAUCAACAAAAUAUCGUUGACAGUGCCAUCAUUCUGGGGUAGCGUAGAUGUUAUCGCAGAUAGUGGCAGAGAGCUGGUGCAGUCUGAUGGUUCCAGCGGAAGCCUCAUGGCUAUGGCCCUCACUACAGAUGAUCGUUACUUGUUCGCUGGGACGGGGGAUGGGCGAAUCAUCAAACUGGAGACAAAUGUCUCUGCCUUGCACCUGUGUGGCUUGGCGCCUCUGCCUGCUGUUGAUUCUGGGAAGAGCUCAACCAGUAGGAAUAUGUCACGAGUCAUGAUCUUUGUGGGUGUGGCACUGGGGUGUGCCAUGUUAGUCUUGGGCGCAGGCGUAUGCGCAAUGUAUGCCAUUUGCGGGUUCAAACACGGUCAACGCAGUGUCAUUCCACCACCCGAUAUGAAAAUCACAGAGUCCUCGACAAGGACCCGGACCGGGAGCGGGAGCGGUAUCUCUGUGAGCCUUCCAUCGAGUUUCGAUCCACUUCUCCCAACAGUCGUCCAGGAGAUCUCACUCUCUGUUAUACAAAUGGCCAUCAAAAAUGGCACUUGCCUGCAUGGGAAGAGUGGUGCAUACGGUGAUGUGUACAGAGCAUCGUUGAUGGUGGGGAAGAAAAUGGUGGAUGUGGCCAUCAAGGUCAUGAAAGGCGAGAUCAACGAGAUGAAGCACAAGCGAUUCCGCGCGGAGGUAAACACACUGAGCAGUGUGCGGCACAGGCAUCUGUGCAAGCUGAUUGGUUUCUGCACCGAAGGGAAUAAGUUCAUCCUCGUGUACCCAUUCAUCUCAGGGGGUUCACUGUACGAUCGACUGCACGAGUGCAAACACACAACGGGUAAAGUGUCAGAAGAAAGCGAGACCAUGGAUUCGGUCGGCAGCUGUAAUUUGCCGUUGACGUGGACAGAAAGAAUGUCGAUCGCAAGACAGAUAGCAACCUGCUUACGUUCCCUGCAUCAUGAGGCGGACCACCCGAUUCUUCAUCGUGAUGUGAAAAGCCGGAACGUGCUUGUGGAAGGGGAGGGGAAAUCACUGCACGCAUACUUGGCUGACUUUGGGCUAGCAAGGCCAGGGAGCUGUCGUCAUUCCGACGAAACCCCUUCUUUGGGUCAAACCACUGUGCCGACGUUUACAAGGUCCGGCACUCCAGGUUACAUGCCGCCGGAAUACAUUUACGAGUCAAAACUGACGAUGUCGAGUGAUGUCUUUGCAUUUGGGGUUGUGCUUCUGGAGCUUGUCACCGGAAUGCACGCAGUUAUAAAGAUCAAUGAAGCGGAUUCUAUACCCCUCUACUUGUUGGUCAGGCAGAGGCAUGGCAAAGAGGUCCUGGUAGAAAAUGCGUUGAGCGUUUCCUUGACGUCUGAGGAAUGUGUGAUGGCUGAUGCUGUUGUCAAACUCGCCCUGCAUUGCACAGAGGACAUUCCAUCUCAAAGACCUGACAUGGGUCAGGUAGUGCAGGAGAUUUUGGACACAGUCAAGCGAGCAAAUUGUGCAGGGGACCCAAGAGCGCCCGCGGGGCACACCUUUUUGCAUCCCCUCAAUGGGCCUUUUCCUCGGUGAUUUUUGGGAGGUGUUGUGAUAGGGGUUAUCGUUGCUUUUCCUGCUUCAGCGCAUGAUGCGAUGGACCUUCUCUUCAGCCGUUCGUAGAGCUGCCAUUGUGAUAGAGCAUAGUUGCCUUUGGUUUCGUCCCACAUGGUCCCACAUGCUGUGAUGACUCCUUUUGCGGUGAAUCAUAUGGGAAAGAGGGUUUCGUCUUUGUGGGUAGAGUAUCGGUAUUGGCUGUUGUAUACGUCUUACAGCCUGUAUGUGAUGAGAUGUCAAACUGGCAAUUUGUGUGCGAUAACAUAGCCUAUCAUCUGUCCCUUCGAGCACCGACUGGCUGUGGGCGAUGUGUCUUUGGUUGUGGGUGAUGUGUCAAUGAAACCGCGUAGCAGGA